AUGUCGCUCAACGUGACGGAGGAAAUCACUAUCGAUGCGCCAGCUGACGCUGUCUGGAAGGUGGUUGGCGAUUUCUUUGGUCUUAGCCAGUGGCUCCCCACCACCACCUGCGAGGAGACCGAUGCUGUCGAUGGCAAGAAGACCCGUCUUAUCACCAUGACGGUUACUGGCGCCAAGCUUGUCGAGGCGCUUGACGAAGUCAAUGAGGAGGCCAAGAGCAUCAAGUUCCACGUUGUCGAGAGCCCCUUCCCCAUCACCAACUGCAACACUGAGAUGAAGGUGCACGAUUUGGGAGAUGGCAAGAGCAAGUUCACCUGGGCCAGCGACUGCGACCCCAAGCCCGGCACUGGCGACAGCGUUAAGCCGCUGCUCGCUCAGCUCUACAAGGGUGGCAAUGGCGCUCUCAAGGCGCACAUGGAAGAAGCCUCCUCGUAA